AUGGAGUUGGAUAUCAACGUCGCGGUCUUAUCCGCCCUCGUCGCUGGCCUCUGGGCAGCCAUGCGCAUCAUUUCAAACAGGAAAAAUGCCUGGAUACGAGUAGGACCAUCGCCAGGUCCCUUUCGAGUCAAGGCAAAAGCUGCAUCGCAGUAUUUCCGACACCACGGGCGGCAGAUUGUGCGAGAUGGAUAUCAAAAGCACAAAGGAAAGAACUUUGUUGUUCAGACCGCAAAUAAGGAACAGCUUGUUAUCGCGCCUAGGUUCCUACCUGAGAUUCGCAUGCUGCCUGAAACGAAGGUGAGCCAUGCGCAGGUCAUCAUUGAUAAUUUGGUGGGCGAGCACAUCGGGGCGGAAAUGGCGAUGGAGGGCGCGCAGCAUAUUGAUGCGGUGCGGGGGCCUCUGACAAAGAAUCUCAACAAGUUGCUGCCUGUGAUGCAUCGAGAGUAUAUCCGGACGAGUGAGUUCGCUUUCAAUCAAAUCCCCAAAGAUAGCCGCCAACUGAAUGCCUAUCAAUUCUGCUACGCUGCCGUAUCCAGUAUCACAUCGACAGUGCUGAUCGGCGAGGACCUUGCGCACUACGGCGGCUGGGACAAGAUCGUGAUGGAGUAUUUCCCCGAAGCCUGGCGCAUCCGCGAAGCACUCUGGUACUGGCCCCGCACACUCAGACCACUGGUUAAGCCCUUCUUGAUCCGAAAUAACCAGCUGGAUGCCAUUCUGACGAAGGCGGAGCGGUUCCUGGAGGAGCCGGUCCGCAGUCGACGAGAACCGCAUAGUCCGGAUGUCGACAUUUUGAAGUUUCUGGCUGAAUAUAACGAGCCCUUGGGGAAGAUUGCGAUGCAGAUUGUGGGGAUUAUCACAGGGGCUCUAAAUACGUCGACGCAUGCUCUUACUCAAGCUGUCUAUGACCUGUGCGCCCAUCCAGAGUACAUCGCCGACAUCCGCGCCGAAGCCAUGGACGCUUUAGCCAGUGAAGGCGGGCAGUGGACCUUAGGGACCACCAAAAAGCUUCAUCUUCUCGACAGCUUUCUGAAAGAAUCCUUACGUUUGCUGGCACCAGAGGGACUGGCAGUCACCCGCGUCACAACAUCCUCGUUCGGCCUGUCUGACGGGACAUGGAUCCCCAAAGGCACAUAUCUCGCCGUAGCCGGCCAAGCCAUGGCGCUCGACCCCGAAUUCUACAAGGAGCCGGAGAUGUUCAACGGACGCCGCUUCCUCAACGCCGACGGGCUACCGAUAUCCCCUGAGCUCGCAUUCCACGCGAUCGAGCCCGGGAAUGGCAUGUGGGGGGCUGGGCGGCUCACUUGCCCGGGCAGAUAUUAUGCUAGCGCGUUGAGCAAGCUGAUUGUUGCUAACUUGGUGCUCAAGUAUGAUAUAGCUUUUCCGGAUGGGCAGACGGAGGGACCAGCUGGCACGGAGGAUGAUGCGAACUACUUGCCAAAUAUGACUCAGAAUAUUGUGUUGACGGAACGGUUGUGA